AGGAAAAAGUAUUUUUCUACGUAACCUUUUAUUCUUUUUCUUCGGCACGUGAAUGCAUGCAUGAAAAAGCUUCUCGGUGUUAAGAAACGAGAAGACCAAGAAGCCAAAGUUUGCUGUUUUUUAAAUUUUUUUUAGCACACAAGCUUCAAAACAGAAAGGAAAAUCUAAAUAGGACCUCCUUUCAAGUCUAAAGAUCUCUGCGGAAGAUAUAGUGUUACAGAUAUUCUUUUCACUACGUUACAGUAAGACCAUCUAACCGCAUCUCUUCUGGCGCUGUCUAUUUUUUUGCUUGAUUGUUUCAGAUAAACGUGUCUUUUUUUUGCAUUCGGACGGCUAAGCGAAAUAGUCUGUGAAUAGACUCUUCUCAACUGAAACGACAAGUGGACUGUAAAGCUUUGUAGGAUUUACGUUUUUCGACCGAUAUAAAAACACCCUAAAAUGAGCACUACUGUUGCGACCGAUACCAACGAGGUAUGGCGUUGUUCUAGCUGCCACAAGGUGAAGGACCUGAAGGGACCUCAUUUGAACGGGAAGACGAGCGUUCGUUCUGACUGCUGGCCAUGCGCGAAGAAGACCACAUUUGAGCUGGAUGCCAGCGGCGCGAAGAAAAGCGUUACGGAGACGACCAGUGCGUCAACGGCUUCACAAUUGGUAACGACUCCACCGAGUAUCGCCGCUACGAAUGAGAAGUCCUCUGUGUUCAUGCCGCCUGCAGUACCUCUCGAUGUCGAGGAAGCGAGGUACUUGCUGUCGGUUGACGAGACAGAACCAGCGUCUUCCUCUACCCCUGCUCCUGCUGCUCCCUCUUCAACGUCUGCGGAUCAUGUAUGGCGUUGUUCUAGCUGCCACAAGGUGA